AUGGCACAAAAAGAAGAUCUGGCUGAUGAAAGAAAUGCUUUGAAAUGUAUAUUUGCUCGAUCGCUCGAUGAUUUAACACUUCGAAAUAAACUUGGCCAAUUAUGUGCAUCAUAUCUUGGCGGAAUUUGGACAACUGUAUCCUGUCAACAAAUUUGUAUCACUACACCAAGAGGUGGAUUUAACAAUAAAAUUUUUGUGGUAGAAUUACCAAAUGGAAUAAAAGCUAAAUGUAAUGAACCAAAAAAAGUUAUUCUUCGCAUUUAUGGAAAUCUCAAUGAACGUUACGAAUUAUCCGAAGGAAUUAUCUCAGCUAUUCUAUCCGAACGAUAUUUGGGUCCUCGUUUAUUGGGAAUAUUUCCCGGAGGACGCUUUGAGGAAUAUAUUCCAUCACGACCACUUACCAAUGAUGAAUACUGUAAACCAUGUAUUGCACAAGAAGUUGGUCGAAUUCUUGCAAGAGUACAUUCAUUAGAUAUGCCAAUUAGCAAAGUGUGUAGUUUGGCACAAUUUGUGGAUGAUCUAAUCAUUGGCUUAAAAAGUUCAACUCGAUGGACAAGAAGUUAUCCGAUGCAUACUACUUUAGCAAAAGUUAAUAAAGAACUUUGUCCUGAUUUUAUCACGAUUGAUUUAUUAGCAAAAGAAUUGAAGAUAUGCAAAGAAUGCUUAGCGCAAAGUGGUAGUCCAAUUGUUUUCAGCAAUAAUGAUUUGCAUGAAGGAAAUUUACUUUUACGUGAUGGUAUCAAAGUAACUGAUCAAGGCUUUGUCAAUAUGAAAAAUGAAAAGGAUCCGAUUGUCCUAAUUGAUUAUGAAUAUGGUUGCUAUUAUUAUCGUGGUUUUGAUUUAUGUCAUUAUUGCGUGGAAUGUUGUCAACAUAAUGAAGGUAAGAUAUGGCCUUACUAUGAAGUGAAACAGAAUCAAUGGCCAAAUGAAGAAAUUCAACGUUUAUAUAUUGGUGCAUAUAUUGAUGAAGCAAAUAAAAUUUGGCGUAAUAGUAAUGGAAAGAAAAUGGAAUGCAUCAUUGAUUUACCGGAUGAUCGUGAAGUAGCCAUUGAAUAUUUGCUAAAAGAAAUACGUCAAUUUGCAGCAUUUCCUCAAUUAUUUUGGGCAAUAUGGUCAUUUCAACAUGCUGAAAUUGACCAUGGUGAUUUUGAUCAUUUCGAAUAUGCAUUUGAUCGUUUAGCGAUGUAUUAUUACUGGAAACCGGAAAUGUUAAAAUAUUUGAAUCAAUAAAAG